GAUCAAGGAGAAGCUGGAGCAGUUGAGAUGUCACUUCACAUGGGAGUUGCAAUUUGAAAACAAUGAAAUGCCUGAUAUAGAAAACAGGGCCUGGGACCAGAUUGAGUUUCUAGACUCCAAGCAAAAUGUGGGAAUGCACAACCUACUGGCCUAUGUGAAACACUUGAAAGGCCGGAAUGAGGAAGCCCUGGAGAUCUUGAAAGAGGCUGAUGACUUAAUCCAGAGAGAACAAACCGACCAAGCAGAUGUGAACAGUCUGGUGACCUGGGGCAACUAUGCCUGGGUGUAUUACCACAUGGGCAAGCUGUCAGAAGCCCAGACCUACCUGGACAAGGUGGAGAACACUUGCAAGAAGUUUAGAAGUCUUUUUCGCUAUAGAAUGGAGUGUCCUGAAGUGGACAGUAAGGAAGGAUGGGCCUUACUGAAAUGUGGAGGACAAAAUUAUGAACGGGCCAAGGCCUGCUUUGAAAAGGCUCUGGAAGUGGACCCUGACAACCCUGAGUUCAGCGUCGGGUAUGCAAUCGCCAUGUAUCGCCUGGAUAACUUUAGAUUCUCAAUAAAGGGUCACAAGACAUUUUCUCUACGGCCUCUAGAACAGGCUCUCAGGCUAAACCCAGGAAAUGUGUAUAUUAAGGUUCUCCUUGCCCUGAAGCUUCAAGAUUUAGGACGGAUAGCUGAAGGAGAAAGGUACAUUGAAGAGGCUCUGGACAGCACGUCUUCCCAGGUCUAUGUCCUUCGAUAUGCAGCCAAGUUUUAUAGAAGAAAAGGUUGUCCGGAUAAAGCGCUUCAGCUCUUAGAAAGGGGCUUGCAGGCCACACCCACAUCUGCCUUCCUGCAUCACCAGAUAGGACUUUGUUACAGGGCACAAAUGAUCCAAAUUAAGGGAACUACCAGCAUGCAGCCUAGAGGGCCAGAUAGGGAAAAGCUACGGAGAAUUGUACGUUCAGCCAUAUUUCAUUUUGAAUCUGCUGUGGAAAUCAAGCCCACCUUUGAGCUGGCUUACGUUGACCUGGCAAAAAUGUAUGCAGAAGCAGGCAAUUACAGAAAAGCUGAAGAGACUUAUCACAAAGUGCUACCCAUGAAUCCAGUAGUAGAAGAAACAAUGCAGGAAAUACAUUUCAGCUAUGGCCAAUUUCAGGAAUUUCAAAAGAAAUCUGAAGCCGAUGCGAUGAUCCAUUACUUAAAAGCAAUACAAAUAAAAAGGGUAUCCUUUAUACGGGAUAAAAGUAUCAAUUCUUUGAAGAAAUUGGCUUUCAGGAGACUUCAGAGAAAUGCAUCAGACCUGGAAAGUUUGAGCCUCCUUGGGUUUGUUCACAAGUUGAAAGGAAACCUGAACGAGGCACUGGAGUACUAUGAAAAGGCUCUGAGACUGGCUGUUGACUGGGAGAACUCAGUGGGGCAGAAUCCCUAGGCAACAAGAGAGCGGCCACUCGCACAUUUCAUUGAAUUUUCGGUCAACAUGUAUUGUCCAUCUUUUAUGCUUGCUACUUUCAGAAACACGUUGUGUAAUUCGCUGUAGUGAUGUAAUUUUUGAACGAUUACUGAAAUCUGAUAAAAUAUUAGUUGUAUUCAGAAAAGCAGGAAACAGAAUGUGUGUGCACGAGAAAGAGAAAAACCAUCUGUGUGGAUGCUGUUUAGUAGAAAAAAAGUUUGUUGGAUAGAUUUGUAGCGAAUGAAACACAAAACUUAUACACACUGAAAUGUUUUGGUUUUGUGUUUUUUGUUUUGUUUUUAAAGCAGGCUUUAUUGAGAGGACAGAAAAGCUCCCACAGUGAGAG